AUGGUCAUGGACAUUACAGACAACAAAACACAUACCAACGGACUUCUAAACGGGGUAAAUGGGACUGAAUUUUGUAACGUUGUAUCCAUUGACUGUAAGUAUGUUAUAAAUUUAUCUGGGUAUGAACUAUCGGAUUGUGAUAUUGGUGUCCUUGAUAGAGGACUAAAGUUUGUUCCGACUGUUCUACCCAGAUUAUAUGAAUUAAGGAGAGAUGUUUUUUGUUUUAAUCGCAAAUUUAAUUUAUUGGAUUACUAUAGUAGGAGUGUAUCUGAAGACAUUCCGUUAGAGGAUGUGAGUGAUAAUUCCAUUAGUUCAGAUGAUAGUUUUUAUUCAUGUCAUUCUCAUGAAGGUAUAAAUGCUUACUGUAAAUUAAAUAUUGAGGCAAUUAAGGUUAAAAGUGAUUUUAUGCCUCCUCAAAGGAAUGAUAGCAUAACAAAUUUUAAUGUCUCACUCACUUAUAAUGUAGAGAAAGAAUUUUACAUUUAUUUGAAACACAAAAAUGAUGUGAGAUAUAAUAUGGAUAAAAAAGAAUGGGAAUGUUUAAAUAAAUUAAGUCGGAAGAUGGAAUUAAUAUUUAAGCUAUCAAAUAAGGGUGGUAAAUUAGUUGUAUUAAAUUAUAUGCAAUAUUUGAAAAUGUGUUACAAACAUUUAAAUGAUGAGCAAGUCUUUCACUAUGUGAGAAAUGUCAGAUUUAGAAAUAAAGCAGGAGAUUUGAUCUUUUUUGAUGAAAAUGGAGAGUCACGUGCUCGGUAUGAUAUCAUAAACUGGCAAGCAUUUCCUGAUGGGAGCCUCAGAACGCCCUUGGUUGGAGGCUAUGACUCAUGGGCUUUGGAUGGUCAUGAACUUACCAUCAACAGCAAUAUUAUAAUGUGGAAUACAGAAAAUAAGCAGGUGCCACGCUCAAUGUGUAGUGAGAGCUGCUCCCCUGGGUACAGGAAGGCCACACGUCGUGGGGAGCCCCUGUGCUGCUUUGACUGUGUUCCUUGUGCUAAAGGAGAAAUUUCUAAUCACACAGACUGUGUGGAAUGUUUCCAUUGUCCUGAAUAUUACUGGCCUAAUGACAGAAAAGAUAACUGCAUUCCAAAGCCUAUUGAAUUCCUCUCCUAUGUUGAACCCUUAGGAGUAUCCCUUUGUACCAGCACCAUUAUAACCUGUCUUCUCUGCAGCUGUAUUCUGUGUAUAUUCAUUAUGAAUCGCAACACUCCCAUUGUGAAGGCCAACAACCGAUACUUAAGUUAUGUCCUGCUUCUUGGCCUCAUGUUUUGUUGUCUCUGCUCCUUUAUAUUCAUUGGUUAUCCAAUGAAGCUGACAUGCAUGCUGAGACAGUCUGCAUUUGGCGUUAUAUUUUCCAUCAGUGUAUCUUGUAUUUUAGCAAAGACAAUUACAGUGGUCAUUGCCUUCAAUGCAACCAAUCCUGCAAGCAAACUUCGUAACUGGGUAGGGUCUGAAAUCCCUAACUCUGUUAUCUUUGUGGGGUCAUCUGUUCAGUUUCUGAUAUGCAUUACCUGGUUGAUUUCUUGCACUCCAUUUCCAAAUCUUAACAUGGAAUCCGAAGAAGGGAAGAUUAUUGUUGAAUGCAACGAGUGCUCUGUUGUUGCCUUCUGGUGCAUGCUGGGAUUCCUGGGAUUCCUGGCCACAGUUAGCUUUGCUGUAGCGUUCUUGUCAAGAAAAUUGCCAGAUAGUUUUAAUGAAGCAAAAUACAUCACAUUCACCAUGCUUAUGUUUGUCAGUGUGUGGUUGUCGUUUGUUCCUGCCUAUCUGAGCACACGAGGAAAAUACAUGGUGGCAGUAGAAGUGUUUGCUAUCAUUUCUUCUACGGCUGCAAUGUUGGGGUGUAUAUUUUUUCCAAAAUGUUACAUUAUUUUACUGAGGCCUGAAUUGAAUUCUAAAGAAUAUUUAAUAGGAAAAUCAGGUAUUAGUAGCAAAGCACUGUGA